UUUCUAUAAAUGAUAGAAGGCUUACGCUACACUGUGUUUUGGUACAACAGUGUUCAUUUCCGGGGCAACUUUAUCUUUCCCCGUCAUUACAAAUACUGUACUCUUUCCACUACGAAAGUGUCCACCCAAAUAACUUUAAGUUAGUAACGUAUCAGGUAGCUAAAAGUCCAACCGUCAUUUGCAUCAAUCAAUGAAAAGGAAUACCUGCCCUUAUCAAGAGAGGUCAUCUGAUCUCCAAAGGUCAAUAGUUGAAACGGGACAGUGCAGAUCCAUGGAGGCUUUACUAUGCGGAUCGCCGUACGCGACUAAAUUAAACCACAGCACGUUCGGACAUCAGGGUGACAGCACGUUUGGACAGCAAUGGAACAGCACAAUACCACAGCCCGACAGUGGUCUACACGAACUCGAGUGUCUCGUGGAUGGUCUGAACCUCCUUCCUCACAUGGUUGUUCUUCCAAUUGCCGUUAUGCUGGUCGCCGUUGUAGGACACUGCCGUCACCAUGACUACACCCGUCUACAGAGCCGACUCUGUGUCUUGUUCCCAGGGCACUCUGUUCGCUGGAUGACCAUUCUCGCGCUGCUGUUCGUCACUAUGAGCGAGGUUGGAGAGGGUGUUCUAUCAGACAGUUUCACCCCCGGCCACCACCCCCAUCUGUACGUACCGUGGAUCAUGGCUCUUCUAGCGACUGUACUGGGGAGUGUGUUCUACAACUUGGUGGAGAAGUUGAAUCGUCCGAGGCUGCUAUUGAUUCUAGGAUUGUACCACAUCCUGUCAGGGGGGUUCAAGCUCCUCAGACUGUCCCACUUGUACAGUAGGGGUGUGAGCACAGGCAGCCUGCGGUUCCAGCUAACCUGGGCUUCAGUACUGCUGUAUGGGGUGCUGGUAGCGGUGGAGGGAUAUGUGCUGUACAAAAAGCGGUACCUGUCUACAACUCCAGUCGAAGUCCCAGUACCGAAUGACCUUCAGGAUGAAGCUAUGCGCUUUGCCCUGCCGUACGCGUCCCUACCGUCCUGGUUCAGCUUCAGCUGGAUGGACUGGCUGCUGCUGUUGGGCUACAAACAACCUCUACAGGCAGAACAGCUGGGAAGACUACCAGAGGAGAUCAGUGCAGAGGUAGCCCUGGAUCGUCUGAUAAAAGUAUACAAAAGAGAAAAGGAGAAUGCAGACAGGACCGGUAAGCAGCUGUCUCUGUGGGGGGUCUACAUCCGGGCAUUCCUGCUGAGUAGGGAGUUUGGCCUGUCCGGGUUCCUCAUGCUGAUGACGCAGGUGUUCCUACUCAUCUCACCUCUCCUCCUCAAACUCAUCAUCAUCUAUGUUACCAUGGAGACAGAUAAACAAACAGAAGAAUCCAUUAUACUACAGGAGAGGUACAUGGUGACUCCUUGGGAGUUUCUACAGAACGGUUUUGUCCUGUUGGUGCUGUUACUGGUGGUGUCUGUGCUGAGAACAGGGGCACAGGCUACGUCCAUGGCACUAAGCUUCAAGGUUGGGAAGAUGCUGGAAUGUGGCAUGAAGGCAAUGAUCUACAACAAGUGUCUGCGGCUGCCCAGCUGGCUGUUGGAGAAUGACCACAUCAGCAUGGGGCAGGUGACCAACCACAUGAAUGAGGGCUGUACUGUGCUCAAUUUCCUCGUCUUUCUCUUCCACUUCUCAUGGGCUUCGCUCUUUCAGCUUAUAGCCGGUAGUAUACUCCUGUACUACCAGUUGGGGUGGAAUGCAGUUUUAGCGGUUGGCUUUCUCGUCAUUCUACUACCUGUUGAUCUGCUCAUCAUGAAGAAAAUGCACGACGUCAACACCAAGAAAAUGGCGAAAACAGACGUCAGGUUAAAGUGGAUAAACGAGUCAAUCCAGGGCAUCAAGCUGUUGAAGCUGUAUGCGUGGGAAUACCUGUUUGUGGGGAAGGUGACGAAAGCCAGGAAAGACGAGAUCAGACAACUGUACACACACGCAGGGUGGAAUAUAUUAGCAAUAUUCUGCAACAAUGCGAGUCCGUUGGUUGCAACAUUGAUUGCCUUUGGGUCAUACGAGUAUUUCAACGACCAGCCCCUGACGUCUGCGGACGCAUUCACCGCCCUCGCUCUCUUCUACACACUGCACGGCCCUUUCUCGGAGAUACCCGGUCUCCUCGGGCUCUUCACCGCCGCUUCGGUGGCCACCAACCGUCUGGGCCCGUUCCUGCAGUCGCUUGAGGUCGAGGGGCUGGGAGAGGGGCUCCGGUAUGGUGCUAAAGCUGAACAAAUGAAUGGAAAUGUAACUGCAGACAACAGUAUCAAUGAGAGUACAAACAUGGGACAGCAUGAACAUACGGAGGACAGUUCAGACACGAAGUUUAACUUAUUACGAGCCCAAGCAGACUACAACCUAACUGAUGACGUCUCUGUUGAGUUACGGCAUGGGAGUUUUACAUGGGAGCCGGAAUCACAGACAGCAAACAUCAGUGGAAUCAACCUGGUGGUUCCUAAAGGAAAGCUGACCAUUGUGGUGGGACAGGUCGGUUCAGGGAAGUCAUCCCUGCUGUCGGCCAUGUUGGGGGAAAUGAGGACAUUGGAAGGUCAAGUACUUUGGAACAAGAAGUACAAUACCGUUUCCUAUGCUGCUCAGCGUGCCUGGCUGCUGAAUGCAUCCCUCAGAGACAACGUUACGUUUGGUCUACCUUUUGACCAUGUGAGGUACCAACAGGUGAUCUCAGCCUGCUGUCUUCAGCCUGACAUUGACAUUCUUCCUGCUGGGGACCUGACAGAGAUAGGAGAGAAGGGUAUUAACCUGAGUGGAGGACAGAAGCAGAGAGUGAGCGUAGCACGAGCGAUGUACGCACAGACGGACAUAGUUCUACUGGACGACCCCCUGUCGGCCCUGGAUGCACAUGUCGGGAGUCACUUGUUUGACCAAGGCAUCAUGGGACAGCUUGUGAAGGAUUGCAGGACGGUUGUCUUGGUAACGCACAAGCUGCAGUACCUGGAGUAUGCGCACCUGGUCGUUGCUAUGGAGAAGGGGCGGGUCAUAGCAAGAGGAACGCUGGAGGAAAUCCGCGAGUCGUCCCCAGACCUACACAGGGGCUGGAUGGAGGCCAUCAGCGAGUGUGUGCGGCAGAUAGACGAGGGACUAGAGCCGGAUGCAGGACCGUUAUUUCAAAAUGAAGAUCAGAAACCUGACCGCUGGAAACACCAGGGGAGCGGUGCGGCUGUUGUAGCUGAACACCUGCUGCAGAACAGGCUGUCUCACCACCUGUCAGUCUCCAGUCUGGCGGCGUCUGUGGAGGAUGUCUGGGUCAGGCGCACUGACUGGCCGGAAGGCCGAGCAAAGAAAGAUGAGAAGAAGGCUGUGCAGGAUACGCAGUAUGGAGACAAAGAGAAGCAGUCUGAUGGUGAACUGGGAAAGCUGGUAGAGACGGAGGAGAGGAUGGAGGGGGACGUGAAACUCACAUAUUACGCCAUCUUCGCCGCUGCCUGUGGACUGCACCUGGCCAUCCUGGUUCUGAUUUUACAGGUGUGCAAGACAGGUGUGACUUUGGCCAUGGACUUCUGGUUGGCAGACUGGUCAAGUAGCAAUGCUGAUUUCAAUUAUGGGCGAAACCAUACCAAUUACACCCAGGGGAACGAAUCACAGCCAAUGGACGUUCCGGACGCAACAGGGUACUACAUUACAGGAUACACGGGGCUGUCUGUGGGCGCCAUUGCUCUGACUGCUGCUGCUGUAGCUGCUUCUAUUCUGACCAGUCUGAGGGGUGCCAGGGUCAUGCACGACAGGAUGGUACACAACGUCGUCAGGGCACCGCUGAGGUUCUUUGACACGACCCCUACCGGCCGUAUACUGAACCGCAUGGCAGGAGACCAAGGCAUCCUGGACAAUAACCUACCCGGAGAAAUGGGAGACUUCCUUAGUGCUGGUUUGAAGGUUGUGUCAGCCAUCAUCGCUGUUGCGGUUAUCACCCCGUACUUCCUCAUCGGCAUGAUUCCCAUCAUCGUAUUCUACUACUUCAUGCAGAAAUUCUAUCGUGCUACAGCCAGAGAACUACAGAGGAUUGAGAGCAUCAAGAGGUCCCCGGUGUAUAGCCAGCUGUCAGAAUCUUUUGGAGGACUUUCUACUAUACGAGCUUACAGAGCAGAGGAGAGAUUCAUGGAUGAGAUGAUGACUAGAAUUAACGUGGCCUUUACUCCAACUAUGUACUUGAUGGGGGUGGAAUGCUGGAUAGCUGUGCGGCUGGUGUGUGCGGGCGCUGUUAUAAUUUUUGUUGCGGGGCUGUCGUCAGUAGUCGCGGGGCUAUAUGGACUGGUGUCGCCUGCAUGGGUCGGACUCGCUAUAUCAUAUGCCAUUCGGAUGCAGGUAGAGCUGUUCCUAGCGGUGAAUAGCUUCGCUAAGGUUGAAACAUUCAUGACCAGUGUGGAGAGGGUGGACACCUACUCUAGAGUACCGCAAGAGGUUUACCAACACAAAUCAGGUAACACCAUCCCACCCGAGGAAUGGCCGAAGUCCGGUACAGUCCAGUUAGAGAGCGUGUCUGCCCGGUAUGACCAGACUCUGGACCCUGUCCUCACCAUGGUAACGGCUAACAUCAGGGCAGGGGAGAAGGUUGGCAUCUGUGGCAGGACAGGAAGUGGGAAAUCCUCCCUCACUUUGGCUCUCUACAGGAUGAUUGACAUGUUUGAAGGUGUAAUAUCUAUAGAUGGAGUGGACAUCAGUCGUGUGCCCUUGACCCUGCUGAGGUCACGCCUGUCAAUCAUCCCUCAGGACCCCGUGCUGUUCAGCGGCACCAUCAGGUUUAAUCUCGACCCUGAGGAGAACAGUGACGAUGAGGAGCUAUGGAAGGCUAUAGAGAUCGCACAACUCAAGGAUGUUGUUGCCGACUUGCCGAACAAACUGGAUGAGAUGGUAACAGAAGGUGGAGAAAACUUCAGUGUUGGCCAGAGACAACUCUUCUGUUUAGCCCGAGCAUUUGUCCGGAAAUCACGAAUCCUCAUCAUGGACGAGGCCACAGCUUCUGUUGACAUGGAAACGGACGCUAUUCUGCAGGAAGUUAUCAAAGUGGCCUUUGGAGACAGAACAGUUGUUACAGUCGCGCACCGGAUAGCAACCAUCCUGAACUCUGACCGAAUCCUGGUUCUGGACCAGGGGAAACUGGUGGAGAACGACUCACCAGAAAAUCUGCUGAAGAAACCAGACGGACUCUUCACUACCAUGGUCAAGGCUAACAAGUAACGACUCACCAGACAACCUACUGAAGAAACCAGACGGACUCUUCACUGACAUGGUCAAGGCCAACAAGUAACGACUCACCAGAAAACCUACUGAAGAAACCAGACGGACUCUUCACUGCCAUGGUCAAGGCCAACAAGUAACGACUCACCAGACAACCUACUGAAGAAACCAGACGGACUCUUCACUGCCAUGGUCAAGGCAAACAAGUAACGACUCACCAGACAACCUACUGAAGAAACCAGACGGACUGUUCACUGUCAUGGUCAAGGCUAACAAUUAACGACACAGGAAACCCCAACUUAGCUGUAAAAUGCCAGUCGUUGUAGUUGACAUUUAAUUUACAUAAGGCCAUGUUGAUUCCAUUGCAAAUGAGGUACAGAAUGAGCCUUAGUCUGCAAAAAAGAUAUUGGGAAAUGUGAUGGACAACAAGUCAAACAAGAAGAUGUGAAAGAACAAAAACAGUCUGUUGUUUGUUAUAUUUUACUCUGUAUGCUAUGUCAUUUGUUUAAUUUUUCUGACCACUUGGACUUCAUACUGAAUUCAAUUUUUUUGGGCCAAACUUUUAUUUUUCAUUCUCAGGCUCGUAUCAGUUUUGUGGGUCCCAUAGGAUGUAAUCCAUAUUAUCUAAUCAAUGUGGGCUCAUUUGAAACUUUAAGGUGGUAUCACUAGUGGCACCGGUGCUGCAUUGCGGGAUUCUAAAGAUACUCAACGAAUUUCAGAGAUAACGAAUUUUCUUACCUUUUUUGUAUUUUGAUCCGUGAGAUUCCGUAAAUAGUCUUGGUUAAGGUUGAAAGAUAACGACCAUUGUGCCAAGCUACACAUUUACUUGUUGGCUUAAGGAAACCGACUAUCGACGGUUUAUCAAUCAAACGUGUUCUCGGGGAAUAUGCUUAAAGCGCCUAUGUAUUUCACAAUCUAAAUAAGAAAGCAGAUGUUCUAGACUUCUGUUUGCUACUAUGAUGAAGGCUAGCUAAGAAAUUGAAGAACUCUACAGUCUACUGCCAACAAAUGGUAAAGAAGUGAAGAUCAAGGUUUAGAUGAAUAGAAGUUUAGAUAAAUACAAGUACAACUAAAUUUGUGUAACUAAAUUCCAUUCUUAUGCCAUGAUUAUGAUACGUAUAAAGAGGUCCAUGCACAUAACGGCACUCCAGCGAUCAGACGGGGGAAGGGGGCGUUAUCAACUUCCUGCCACAAAUCCGUAAGAUUAUGUUUAAGCUAAUGAUAUCACAUGUCUGUAAGUAUCACAGAUUUAUUUUCAUUGAUUGGUCAUUAUUGAUACAGAAAAGAAAUCAAACGCAUUACUUUUAGAUUAGAAUUAGCGCUAGUUGACGAAUUUCAUUUUAUGUUUAUUUUAUUAUUGUAUACUAUCAUAAUUCAAUGUAUACCUGCAAUUAGCCUUCGGGCUUGAAUCUGCAAUAAAGUUAAUGUCAAGAUUGAUCCUGAAGAAGGUGACAGUGAUCGUUAAAGAAAUUUAAAUGAAGACACGCUAGUGUUAGGACAAGUUUUACAAUUGCGAUAUUCUAAUUUCAUAAUGUGCUAAACCAAUAAACGCUGUGCAAUUGUCAUGCAAUAAAGUUCCUAAUAAAGUUGAAGCGGGUGAUUUCUUCAAUACCCUGGUCAGGAAACUAUAGAUAAUAUUCAUGGCCACUACACAUGGGAUAGAAAAUUGAAUAUUUCCAAUGAAAAUUAUAUUGUACAGAUUUGCUGCAAACGUUCAAAUAUAACUAGAUAUGUAA